GUCUCGCUCGCGCGUCAGACCGAGCUGGUAUUGUGUGUAAGAAUGAUCGCGUGUGUGUGAUCGCUCGACGAAGGCACCUUCACCUCGAUUUCUACUACGACUCCCGUCCCGGCUUAUCGCCGUCGUCGUCACCGUCAUCGUGAUCGGCCCCAUCGUCGUCAUCGUGCUCGUGGUCACGCUGCAGAUCGAUCGGCGACGUCGAGAUGACGUCGUGGCGUCCCAGCUGAAGCGCAACACCCACUGAAACGUGCGCUAUUCCCAAGCAACAGCAGCAGCAGCAGCAGGAUGAUGCAGGAGAACGCGACUGAUCAUUCCUCCAAGUCGGUGCUGCUCAACACCUUUGUUGUGAAGAAAAAGAGGUGCCGCGUGUACUUUCAUCGCGGCACGCUCAUCUGGGAAACGGAGCGACCACCUUACACCAGAUGGACGCUACCCCUGACGGACGUUUUGGCGGUCCGCUACGGGGACGACUGGAUACCGGGUGUCAGCGUUAAAGAGAAGCAGCCGCCGACACAGCCGACUUCGCCCACGGUAUGCCCGACGAAUUUUAUCUUGCACUACGCGGUGCGUACGGCGAAGAACAAAUGGAGGCAUCACAGUGUCACGAUGAGCCACACCGACCCGCGGCAGGUGGCUUCGUGGGUCAAGACUAUACGAAAUUAUCUGCUCGGUCUGACGCACCGGCCACGAAAGGUCAUGCUGUUCGUCAAUCCCAUAGGUGGCAAGAAGAAAGGCGUGAGGAUCUGGGAAAAGGACGUCCAGCCUCUCAUGACCAUCGCCGGUAUCGAGACGAAAAUGAUCGUGACCGAACGGGCCGGUCACAUACGCGACGCUCUGCUCACGACCGACUUGAGUGACCUACAUGCGGUGGUGUGCAUCGGCGGCGACGGCACGUUUGCCGAGGUCUUCAACGGGCUGGUGCUGAGGGCGGCGAAGGAUCAGCAGAUCGAUCCGAAUGACCCUGACGCGAGACUGCCGAGCCCCGCGCUGCCUGUCGGCGUUAUACCCAGCGGUAGCACCGACACGUUGGCCUACAGCCUUCACGGCACCACCGACGUGCAAACCGCGGCCAUACACAUCAUUUUCGGCGACUCGACCGGCCUCGAUAUCUCGUCGGUGCACAACAACCGGACGCUGCUCAGGCUGUACGCCAGUGUUCUUAGUUACGGAUACCUGGGCGACGUGAUCCGUGACAGCGAGAAAUUCCGUUGGAUGGGACCCCAGAGAUACGACUAUUCCGGGUUCAAGAAGAUAAUCGCCAACAGGGGCUAUGAGGGUGAGAUUGAAUUGCUGUCGGACCCGUGUCAUCCGGCGGGCAGCACCAGGUGCAUGAAGAACUGCUCGCGCUGCCUGCAACACAUGCAUAACAGCGUUCCCGACGAAGAAAUUGCCAGAUGGGUCACGGUCAGAGGGAAGUUUUUUAUGGUAAACGGGGCGAACGUGUCCUGCGCGUGCUCGAGGAGUCCCAUGGGCUUCAGUCCUCACUGUCACAUAGGCGACGGCUGUGUGGACGUUAUCUUAGUGCGACACACGUCUCUGAUCAACAACAUCAGGCUGUUACUCAGGCUCUCCAGCAAACGAAAGACUUUGUAUGACUUGCCGUUCGUUGAGGUCUACCGAGCGAGAGAAUUCACAUUCCGCGCCCAAUCGACGCAGCACCUGCAGUCAGAGGAUGGGAUCAAUCACCUCGGCUCCCGGAUCAGCGUAUGGAACUGCGACGGCGAGGUGAUCGACAGCACCAACGUGAAAAUCAGGGUACACUGCCAAUUGCUGAAGGUCUACACGAGACGCAUCCAAGAACCGGUUCGGGAGACGUCCUGCUUCUCCGCCAUGUGAACGAGGUAACCGGAGAACAAGUUCAUCGGCCGGAUCGUGACCGCCGCCGUCACCAUGGUGCUCCCGAAAAGGCACAAAGUUCCUCUGUCUUGCCCUCUUACUCGGUGUCGCGAUAUUUCACGGCACGACCGCCGACUCUUCAGGCUUUCCUCCUCUUUUAGAGAUACACAGACGACGAUAUUUAUAUAUUAUUUUAUGAAUAACGUUAAGAGUGAAUCUUUCGGAAAUCGGCACACCACGGACGCAGGAGCGACCGUGCAGCGCGCAUUAUGCGCUUCUUUGCGUCCAUCUCCUCUCUUCAAGAAGAGUGGAGAGGAAAGGAGAGGAGAGGAGAGAAGAGGAGAGGAGAGGAAAGAAAACAAGACAAGAGAAUCCGCUUCUAGUGUAUCUCGUGAGAGCCUCGCCCGCGUCGAUCACGUGCAGUUGCCGCACUUGACCGGAAUCGAUCGAGUGAUCACUACGAAAUAAAUGGCGCAGGUGAUCGAUUAAGAAGAGAAGAGAAACGACAGCAACAAAGUAUCGUGAGCGAUAUACAUACGUACAUACAUAUAUACCAUGGUUUUGAGACGAAUGCACGAAACACGGCUGUGCAUUUGGAUUUAUUUAUAAUUUUCUCCAACCGCGUGCUCCUCCUCGUUGUUGCUCCAUUUUGACGAUUGUUUGGCAACUUUUUAGCGUGCCGUUCCCAGAAUACCGGAAACAUUCCACCUGUUCGCCAGAACCGCGAUGACGACUGAGUAAUUUUAUACGCGCUAACAUCAUGGUGCGCUACAUUGCGUUGCGGGAGCUAAAAAUGUUAUCCAACGUCAACGUUGACGCUUUCACGAGAGAAGCCGACGAAGGCGGCGACACUCACGCGGUAACGAUUCCUCUCGUCUGUUGUAACGUGCGAGAGUUCGUUAAAAAUCGCGUUACACAAAGACGUGACGCACUGACACCUACGUGUCGCGCAACAUCUCUAGCAGAAAUUUCUUUUGAAAUUACCGUCCUUCGCGCUGUCUUUCUCGCGUUGAUCGCGUGUAUAUUUCUUUCAUAGGCGAUAGGUAGAUCUUCUGUGGCGAUUUCAGGGACCCUACUCUGGCCUACGCGUUUCAAUCGCUAAAUAUGCCUUUCUAAUUUUCAGGCUAGAGCAACAUGUUAACGUUCGUACAAAAAAAGCGGAUCUUGAGAAAAGAUUAUCAAAAUUAAAAGAUCAUACUGUGGAUGUUCGCCAUGCGUCUAGAACAGGAUAAAAUUACGCAUACAAUUUUGUUCUCCGAAGGAGAACCGGAGGAGUUAUCUAAGUGCAAGAGAACAGUUUACAGCUCGGAAGAUAGAAAGUGUGUCAGCCAAAAUAUUAAUCCACCGACUGGAGACACAAUGAGGCUUCUGGGUGCUCGCCAUAUUGGAUAGUGACGUCACACGUGAGAAAUGACACGCUGAAAAUUCUUGCACGCCACUUCCAAAUAAGAUAUUUGCAUGAAAGAAUAAUACGGAUCGCUAGAGCGUGCUUGUAAAAUGCUUCGAGCGCUACGCUUCUUUCUUGAUAGUUAAUCAACUAUGUAUGAAUAUCGAGUGAUCGUAAUACGAGACUUAGUCAUGCGUAGGCAUUCCAUAUGAUCUAUAUAUCGGAGUCGUUUUACGGCUAUUUAUCGACUUUCAACAGAGAAGCAUAGUGUUUGAAGCAUUUUACAAGUAUGCUUUAGCGAGGUUCUCAAUUCCUUCCUACACAAGUAUCUCUUUACUUGGAAAUGACACGCAAAAUUUUUUGGCGUUUUCUCGCUUCUGAGGUCAUCAUUGAGUUCCGCAACGAGGAACCAGGAGCCUGAGACCCAAAACAGUAAAUCCAGGAUAGGGUUCCAGCUCCAGAGACUGCAUUUGUUGUUUCUGCGAUACAAGGAAGGAGGGUGGGUGAUACAACGGCCUUCUACAUUUUUGUAACGUACUUCUACGUUUUUGUACUUAAAACUACGUUUUUUAUCGCGCCACGCGUAUACCGCGAUUUCCAAAUCGUUAUCGUCGCUUCGAUUCAUCGCGCUCGUUGUUGACCGUAGAUUUUAUUCCGGCGAUGGUGACGGACUCGCCGAUUGUUAGCGAAUGCAAUUACGUUGCGGUGAUGAUUGUUUUUAUAUAAUUCGAGUGAUUUCCGCGGAAUUGAUCAUUGAAUGUGAAUGCGAACGAACGAAUGUCUCGCGCGCGUGCGCGGGACCUGGCCAACGGGUGAGACUCCGAGCUCUGUCGCGAUGUCUCAGUGAGACGCUUCUUGUAAAGACAAUCAGAGUGCACAGAAUGGUUGAAACGUAAGCGAUGCUUAGAGCCUAAGUUACGAGUCAACGCGAUUAUGUCGGUUCCUCGGUAGAGCCUCUCUUCCUAGCAGUAUUCGUCUUGAUUCACGAAAAUAUUUAGAUUAGCAGUAUUUGUACAUUAGUUGUAUAGAACGGUAGCGAGAGAACAAGGUAAAGACGCAAGCGAAAUUAGUGCGACACUUAUAGAUGCAGAUACCGAUUUCUCUCGGUCAAACGAAUGAUGGUGUCGACGUGGCUUUUUGUAAGCAUCACCUCAAUGAUCAUGAAAUUUGUAACAAUAGUUGCGCAAGAGCGAUGCUUUUAUUCUCGAUGUAAUCCUAGUCACGUUACUGCGUUAAAAAAGACACAUUGGAUAUAUUUACAUCGCUUUACCAGCGUUUUUUAGAUUGCACGUUUUCGAAAAAAAUGGUCUGUCCUGUGACCAUUAGAGAGGGAGAGUUCAGUCAUCGCGUAAUGCAGAGUGGAAAGAUUUUCGCCUCUCACACGUCCACGAACAACUAGUUAAGCGUUCGUAUGUAUCUUGAUCGCGUCGCUAUUUCCUGUCACGGAGAAAUCCCCCGUUGGAGUCGCAAGCGGAUUUCACACGACGACACGAUAUGUUGAAUCAUUUAUUACGUUGCGAGGAAUACGUGUGUGUGAUACAACGUCGGUGCGAUACAAACGGCACUAUAAGCACGUCUUGUCAACUAGCUGACUUAUCAAAGAUUCAUCAUCGAGGGGAGAAGAACGGAACAAGCUAUAACGCGAUUCGACCAAAGUGGAAACUCGCAGGACGACACAAUAGGCCUAACUUAGGGCGAAUCGUCGGGAACGCUCUCCCGUUGACGUUGAAAUUCACGACAGCAUGUGGAUUUUACGUCCUUUCUGUUCGUUUGUUAAGUUACGAUGUGUUGUAGAAUUGACUAGGGACAGGAGUUGUUCCAACUCUUUGGUAAGUUAACUACUGAUGGUUAAAUAUGUCAUAUGUCUGUCUCCGUUUAAAUUGUAAGAAAAGUAAAGAUAAACGUAUGAUUUAAUUAUUAGUUAAUUUACCAAGGAGUUGGAACAACCGGCCCUAGAUGUAGGGAGUGGUCAUUGCUAAAUUUGUAUCUUUUUCCCAGUAGUUUUUCUUUCCCGUGACACGUCAUUCGCGCGACUAAAGCCGUCAGUAUCUUCUUAAAAAGAGCGGCUUACACUUAACGCAAUUAAUUAACAAAGUAGUCUCGCCGGCAGGAUCACACGGCAUGCGCGCCAUAAAAAAAAAUAUAUAUAUAUUGUACAGAUGUAUACAUACAUAUAUUUUUUUUUAAUCGCAAUGUAUUUAUAGAAAGCGAAUAAGAAAGGAAUGAAGAGAUAGGAAGAAUGAAUGGGAGAGAGAGAGAGAGAGUACGGCUAAAAUCAACAUGACGACCUAUCGACGACGGUUCUGUGUGUUACCGUUUUAAUUCUUAUCGUCUGAGGAAGAUGCACCAAGUGACACGCGUGUGGUGUCACACGUAAUAAAUUACAUUAACUUUCUAUGCA